CUGCAUUAGCCGGCUGACUGUAGAAUGGUUCAACAAUAAAACAGUUUCAGUGAAGGCACCAGUAAUAAACACGCCACUUCUGUUGUUCAAAGUCAACAUAGGUGGCCCUAAUUCUGCUGCGCUGCAUUCUCUGUGAGAAGUCAUUGAUGCGGCGGGUAGUGGUAUUCAUGACGAAACUAUGGCAUAGAGGAUAUAUUGCCAACGGUUAAGCAUGACUAACUGGCAUACUCAUCACCGGCCAUUCACUCAAAGCCCCCUACACACUAGUAAGUCUUCGUCCACUAGCAUGUACACGUUGCGUCUCCCCAUGUUGCCCAGCUUCGUACAGUUCAUUCUGGGCAAUACCGACAAACAUCCAAUCGAGAAGACGGCUCCCGAGCCUCCAUAUUAAACACCUGGGGCAUCCUUGCUCGAUGGAAAGGCUUCUGCGGCGCUUGUUGAUUGCUAGCUUUCGGCUCGGUCUAGCUCAGUUGACCGCGGCUUUGUUAGCUCGUUGGUUACAGUAUCGAGUACUACAAAUGCGUCCUCCUCGUCGUCCUAAUCGAAGACAGUGCCGGAAAUUGGACUCCAAGCCCGAUCUUCCCAUUUACUUCACCUUCUCUCAACUUGCUUCGAGGGAAUUAUUGGUACUGCCUAAGGCCCAAUGGAGGAAAUGGUUUUCGACCGGAAGCCAUACUGUCCUCUAGUGCAUGCAGAAGUCAUUCGACAUGCUUGGGGAAAGGGCGGGGAACCAGCUGAUGCGAUUCUUGCCUAUCGUCAUUAGGACAUUUAGCGUGGAGGCAGAUGGAUCAUGUCUAGUCUUCAAAGGAACAGAAUCAAAUACAUGUCCCCAACG